GCCAGAGUUCUGUGUCCUCCCAGCGGUGGGCUUGCAUCUGGGGUGUGCACGUGUGUACAACGCUGUGAGGUUACGGUAGUGUAGCACUCAUGGCCGCCUUCAUGGGCAAGCCUGGUGCAAGCUCGGUGAUGGCUGCUGCCUUGCUUCUGACAGUCUUGAUAUCUCUGUCGUCAAAGCUUGUGAUGGGUGAAUGCAACUUCAGGGGCAGCAGAGGCCCAGCGACGAUAUCGGACGGUGAUAUUUGCUGUGAUGGACCUAUCGUCCACAACGUGGAUGGUGUGGAGAAAACGACACGUUUCGUUAACACUGGGGCCUGCGCCUAUGGUCCUUGCUCGGGUGCUAACUGGAACUAUGCCAAGUGCGGUCGGAACUUCUACACCUCAGGAAGCCGUGUCUGCAGGAGAAACCUGCACGAGCCGGUUUACGGCGAACCGGACUUCUUAGGUGCGGUGAUUACUGAGUUCGAUCUGACGGACAAUUUUACUCAGUCUUUGGUGGAAGCCUAUCGCCAGGACCAGUUUAUGUUUGAGAUCAUACGCAGACUUGAGGCAAAGGAUAAGAAGACUUCCGCCGAGUUUGAGUUGGUCAAUGGCUUGUUGUUCCUAGAGAAGGCAGGGAAUAAACGCUUGUGCAUUGCAAAUAGCGAGUCUUUGCGUAGUUUAUUUUUAGGWGAAUGUCAUGAUACCACCGGCCAUUUUGGGUAUAAGAAGACCGCAGGCAACGUGUUGCAGCGGUUCUGGUGGCCCACAAUGAUGCGAGAUGCGCAACUGUAUGUGGAGACUCGUCAAGUCUGUCAACGGGACAAGCCACAUACUCAGGCUCCUUUUGGGCUCCUGAAGCCCCUUCCGAUUCCGGAACGGCCUGGUGAGAGUCUGUUCAUGGAUUUCAUGGAUACUCUGAUCACCAACAAGAGUGGAGUGCGUCACAUCUUCGUCAUCAUGGAUAGAUUUAGUAAGUAUGCUAGGUUAGUAGCCAUGCUAGAAACAGCAAAAACGGAUUACGUGAUUAGAAUGUUUAAAGAGAACUGGGUCAGGGACUUUGGUCUACCGAAGUCCAUUGUUAGUGACAGGGAUGUCAUGUUUACCAACGAGUUGUGGAAGGCCGCUGCUGCAGAACAGGGCACUCAGUUGCAAAUGACUUCUGGGAAUCACCCAGAGGCCAACGACCAGGCUGAGCAACUGAACUGCAUUGUACAACACCUGUUGAGGCAUUACAUCAAGCCCAACCAGGUGGACUGGGAUGAGAAGCUUGCUCUCAUCGCCAGUCUGUAUAACAAUGCGGUACACAGCGCCACUGGGGUGAGCCCGAACAGUCUGCUACUGACUUUCAAGCCUAGACUACCGUUGGAUUUCCUUCUUCCUGAGAAUCAGUCAACUGCUGCACCUGGUACAUUAGAGUUUGCUUACCGCUAUGAACUGAAGAUGCAGCAGGCGGUAGAACAGAUGCAAAAGGCACAGGCCGCGAUGAUAGAGUCCGAAAACAGACACCGUCGGCCUUCUACAUUUCAGGUUGGGGAUAGAGUCUGGGUUAAGUCUUCAGAACUGGGACAGGAGUACGGGAUAUCCCGCAAACUCAUGUCUCAGUACUUUGGACCUUGGAAAGUCUUGGACAUCGUCGGGACAGAUCUGGAUGGUCCAUCAUACGUUAUCCGGAUUCCUAGUCAUCUCUGUACUUACCCUGUCUUUCACGCCUCCAAGCUGGCACCUUUCAAAGAGACUGACCAGUUUCCAUCUCGUCGCUCAAUGCUGCCCCCAACCAUGGACGGAGAGGUGGACAUCGAUGAUAUUGUGGAUCACAGAGAGUUGCCGGUAUCCAGACCAGCAGGCAGGGGACGUCCUCCAAAACCGAAGCUGCAGUACCGCGUUCGGUUCCGACAUCACAUUGAUCCAAAGGAGGACCGCUGGUCGAUGAGGCAACAGGAGAGCGGUCGGAGGGCAAUGUGCAGAAAAGGAAGCGACGAUCUUCAACAAGUCCAACGGCGAGGGCGGAUAAGCGCGCUGCGAAGAAACUCACUGUCGCCGAAAGGGUCGCUGUCAACUAGAACGACAAAAGCGGAGAAACGUCCACCGAAAAGAAAGCAGAUGGUUGAUGAGGAUGGCUCUGGAGAGGAUGCCGAAGGGGUUCCUCCUAAAGCUCUGUCGGAACAGAGAAAACCUUUCGCCAACACCCGUGAUGAAGCCAUCGAUACAACACUGUGCUUCUUCUUGGAGUUCGAUGAAGAUGGGUUUGCGAAGAAGAAACGGGAACACAUUGAAGUGGAUGUCACGAAGAUCUUGCCAAUUCCUGAAGGUGAAAUCCUCUUCAACCACAGAACAUUGGACGAAACGUUGAUGCAGUCCAUAUAUGAUGCGAUCCAUAAUGCGGCCAAGGAAACUAACUGCAAGUGGGAUAUCAUGACUUUCAUCCUGGCUCCCAUUGUGCCCAACGGGGAUGGGUCUCAAGGCAGACGGAUCACACCGAAGCAAUUCGACAAAAGGAAAUGGGAAACGUUCAUGAACGCCGCAUGCAAAAUGACACCUGAUUCCGGUUUCAUGAACUCGUCCCUGGAGAAUGAGUACAACAAGGACUGCACGAACAAGAUGCGCGGAUACAUGAAUCUUGCGCAGUGCGGCGAGAAGGUAUGGCCACUAGUACAGAAAUUCUUUGACAUGUACGAGAAAGGGCUAUUGCCGAGAAUCAACGGUGUGAGAUACAUCGACCUGUCGGGGAAAGUGGAAGGGAGGCUGCCUGGGCAAUACUUCCUCAAGGACAACUUCAACAAAAAAGUCAUGUUCCACUGCAUCAAGGCCAGAAAGGGGCCACCAGGCGCAAUGGUGUCUAUACUUGACUUGACGCCUUCAAUCUUCAAGCAGUUCGGCGAUAUGACAGCAAGAGAGAAGCAAGUGGCGCUUCACCACAUGAUGCUUGGUGAUGUCAUCGUGUCAUCAUGUGCGGUUGUUCAUGGUAGAUGCAAUAUGGCGGACUUGGUGAAAUAUACUCGGCGUGAAAGGUAUAUUGUCCGUAUCUUCAACUACAUAUUGUUCAAGGCCGAGGGAAGGUCAAAAGAAGAGUGGAACGCUGACUUCUUCAUUGGUUAUACGACCAUCUUGGAGAGGUACAACAAAAGCGGUCUGACUGACGACAAAUGGACCGAGAAACGCGACCCCAUCCCUGACAACAAGGCGAGGAAGGUGUCGAGGCGUUUGGGCAGUCCUGAUGAGGAAAAUAGUGAGAACGGUGCGGGACAGGAGGCAACCCAAGACAUGUACAAGGAAGCCCCGUUCCACCUCAAGUGUUUCAUUUGCGAGGCGAUCGACUACUUGGACGACCUGAGAGCGGAGGUUAAUCGAAUACCCUCCAGUGCUUGUCACAUCUUUUGGGAAGUGGGGAAGAGGAUUACCACGCUCCUGCCAUUUGAAAUCAAACCGAAGGGAGUGCUCACCGAUAACGAGGAGGUUGUUGGUACGGCGAGGGGGAUGAAGCUACGGGCAACCUCAUGACAUGCUGUGGCGAAAAUUGGGCCUUGAUCAUUUUUGCGUCGAUGAAGCACCAGAAACAGGUCGUGCAGAGUGUGUACAAGUGGGAUGAUGUUGAGGUGCUCAUUGGGUCAUGAUACAGACACUACACACCUUCGACCACCUUGAAAAAGUACGGCAACAUUGCAGUUCGGUACACUGACAUGAUGACUAUUGUCCUCCACGCCGAGAACGACAAUUCGGACAAUAUAACGGAUGCGCCGAAAUUGCGAGCCGAGUUGAUAAAUUUGAACGUUGAAG